AUGCAGAAGCUCUUGAAUAGCCUCAUGCUCACCAGUAUAGGAAGCUGGCUUGGGCACUCUUCCAAGUUGCUUGAAAAUCUGGUGCAAACUCUCAUGCUGUGCCAGAAACCUGUAUCGGUCAAGGUUGACGAUGAUGAAGAGGUCGGCCUGCUAUGUGGGAUGCUGCAGAAGUCACUGGAGGAGCACAGGCACUUGAUUCGGACCUUCGUCCUCAAGGUCUUGAAAGACUAUGGUGCGCUGCUCCUGGGGCUCCUCCUUUUGGCCUCUAUGUACCGCGUACCCGCAAUGGUGAGAGGAUUUUGUCGCGAGAAUCACUCGAUGCUGACUCACAGGGUGCGUUUGGUGCUGACCUGCCAAGCUAGGCUCUUGAUGUGGGACUUGUGGAUGCUGUUCACCACACUCCUCGCAAGCUUGCUGGCCAUUCUCACCUUAGUCCGAGCGUUAGAGUUCCUGCAGGUUGCAUUUUUGUACUGCAAGAGCUUGCAAGACCUUCGUGCCGCUGCAUGGAGAGCUGUCAAGGAUGCGCUGAGCUCCUUGUGGGAGCUUAUUUCACUUCUGACCCUUUGGGAGACUUACACAAGCUUGGUCCGCGCCAGCAUUUGUGCUGUGCUAAUACCCGCGUGGGGCUUGACGCCUUUGCCACACUGGUUGCGAAUCAUCCUGUGGCUAGGCCUUUGCUCGCUGCCAUGGCUGCUGACCUUACAGCGGGCUGUGAUCAUCUUUGGGGCGUUGGAGGUGGUCUUGUUCACGAUAAACCUGCUGAGGAAAGGAUGUCAGACCUGCCAGGCACCUUCUGCCUACUUGAAUGCCAUGCGGAUGACAGGGAUCAAUGGAUUGGUGCUCGUGUUUGUGGUGGGGGAGGGUGUGAUGCUGGCAAGCGUUGAGUACCUUGAGCCGCUCUUCAUGAACUGGACCUGGUUUAUAGUUGCUGCGUGCGUUGGAGUUUUGUGGCUCAUUGUGAUGUCCCUCCCGCACGCCAUGUCUUCAUCCAUCAAGAGCUGUGUGGAUGCUGUCAAGUUUCAUAUGGCUAUCCAGCUAUUGCGACGAUGUUGCUUGCUGCCGGCUGCUGUGGUCUUUCUUUCACAGAUGGACCCGCAAGCGCAGGAUGCGACCUCGCGAGCAGCUGGCAUGCUGCUGGCUUUUCUCUCCUUCACAGCAGUCUUGGGUUGGGACUUGCUGUGCCAGGAGCAUUUGCCAGAGAAUUUGGGUUUGGACCUGGUGCAGCCUCCAGCCUUCCUAGCAGGAUUGUUCUUCGCCCAGGUCGCUUUUGUCCAUCAGCAGCUCCACGGAAACCUUACGACAUGCUUCGCGGCGUCGCUCCUCAUGCCUGUUUGGAUCCUGAGCUUCCAGCUGGUGAGUGGGAGCAUUGGCGGGCCACUGUGGCUGAUGCCGCUCCAGCUGGCUGCUUCUUGCCUGGUUUCAUAUUUGGCCUGGGCCCGGCUGGUGCACUUCAAUCACCAGUGGGCAGGCGCAGCUUGUUUGGCACUGCUCGCGGCGCUGGGGUUCCUAGCUGCUUGGUGGCUGGCGCGGCGGUGGCGCCGUCAGGCGUCCUCGGGGGCAGCACAGGUCUUGAAACAACUGCUCGAUCGACUGGCCCAAAAGGGCGCGCAGCUCGAGGCGGCGACCCUGGUCGAGACGAAGGGCGAGGAUUUGAGCCCCGAAGAGGGUGCAAUGCAAUUGGAGGUUCUCGAGAAGGGGACUCGGAUGGAGUAUCUCAGCAAGAGUUUCUUGUCCACUCGCCAUGACUGGCUCUCCUCCUUGCGUGCCGGGCGCCGCCACUUCGAUGUGGUGGUGACCUGUGGCACUGCGCUCCUGGAGGCGAUUUGCACCCCUCCCAGCACGCUGCAGAUCUUCUCGCUGAUGCGGCGCAAGAGCGGGCGACGGGUCCCUACAGCCAUUUGGCAGAUUAUCCUGGAAUUUGUGAGCGAUGUGAAGUACAUGUCCAAGAUGCUCAAUCCUGUAGUGCAAAACUUCAACAGCGGCGGUCCUGAUCGGCAACUGAUGAGGGCUUGGGAGCUCAUGAAUGGAGUUGGCGUCCGCGUGCGCUCCUUCGAGCUCACCCGUGGCCAAGCACCGCUCUUCGUGCCGCAGAACUUCCGCAGCCUUCAGGGCUUCCCUGUGACCGUGCUGGAUGAACGGGGCCCCUGGCGAGGUCGCAUCACUAAAGUGUGGAGAGAUUGCGUCGAAGUGAAGAGCGCGCUCAGCGGCUGGCAAAAUGUGCUCGUAUUCUCGGAUGGGCGAGUCCAAGUUCUUUCGCAAAGCCCUGAGGACAGGCUGGCAGAAGAUUUGCACUUCUGGACCUUGUUGGUCCAUCGAGACCUCCGAGACGUGUGUCCCUGCGGGCGUCCGCGCAAGGGUGAACACAGCAACUGCUGCAGAAAAUGCUACAGACGCUACAGGCCAAACUGGGUGUCAAACGGCUAUGGCGACUUGGGUCACACUGCAGGGUGUGAGGAGCGAACGGCAGGCUUGGAACCCUACCAAGCAUAUAACUUGGAAGAUGAAAGGUCAGGGGGCCCGUUUUAA